AUGGCAAGUGAAAGCCCAACCAAGUAUUCUGAAAUCGUGGCAGAAGACCUCAAUAAGUUAUUCGACGCGGGCGACGAGGCUGAAGUGGAUGUAGUCUUUGUCCACGGUCUGAGAGGCCACCCAAAGUCUACUUGGGAAAUGCUUGACCCUACAGAUCCAACCGAGUCAAUUUUCUGGCCUAAGGACCUGCUUCCUGAAACGAUAAAAGCCUCUCGAAUUUUCAGUUUCGGAUAUCCCACGGACUUUGCGACCUUUUAUCCUAUUGUCACCCCUGAAUCCAUUGCACAUACGACUAUCGAUAAUCAUUCGAGUUCAUUAAUACUGAAAUUGGCCAACGAAAGGCGUGACACCAACACGUCAUCUCGUCCAAUCAUCUUCGUCGCACACUCGCUCGGGGGUCUCGUGGUUGCAAAUGCACUGGCAAACCAUUAUGGGUCAGAUGUUCAGGGCGAAGAAGUUGUGGAACAUACAUGCGGGGCCAUCUUUCUGGGCACGCCCUUCAAAGGCUCUGACAAAGCAAUGUGGGCAAAGAUGGCCAAAAAAGUCCUAGGCAUGUUUGGAGAUAGCACUGAUCAAACAAUCCGAGACCUCGAUAAGCGCUCCACGAAGCUGCAACAGAUCAGCAUUGACUUUCACUUGCUAUUACAGAAGCGAUACGCAUCGAAGGACCAAAAGCCCAUUCAAGUUGCUUGCUUCUUUGAGCAGAAAACAACGAGAAAGACCUGGUGGAAGGCCAAGAGUGAUCUUGGACAGAUAGUCACCGCCGACUCGGCUACCCUAACUGGAUUCAACCCCAUUGGAAUUAGUGCAGACCACAUAACAAUGUGCAAGUUCCCCGAUGUACAGACUCCGGGUUAUAAGGAUGUGACAGGGAAGAUAAAGCUCAUGAUUUCGAACUUGAAUAAACCAACCGAGGAGUUGAAUAAAGGGGGACAAACCGUAAUAACUUUCGGUGAAUUCAAAGCAGGCGAUAACAAUGUGAAUAUGGGAGGAUACGUGAUGGGUCAUGUUGUGGGUACUACAAAAGAGGCCGUGAAUUUCACUCUCGCCAAUAACUGGGGGGGUUCCUCAAGCAGUUCCUCUCCUUUGGAGACUGCUAUAGCAGAACAAAAAAAAAGAAAUCAAGAGAGUGAGGGACACUAG